AUCUUGUUUGAGUUUGUCGGAAUAUUUUUUAAACCACCACCAACUGUUAAAGAAUGGCCAGCGACGAUACAGCUGGAUGGACAAGUUUACAACCCUUUGACUGACGGACGACAGUUUGAAGACAGGCUGAUUGAUACAGACGUGGCAGUAUCCGGUUCAGUGAAUUUGGAUAUUGGUGAAGAUGACAACAAAGGCAAAGACCCAAUUACCGAUGCCACAGAGUAUAGUGUUCCAAUUAUCAAAAGUAAUGGAGAAACUGCUGAUAACAGGUAUACAGUAUUAUUUUUAAAACCUUUAGUCAAAGGGCAUAGUCGUCGCUACGAUAUAAUGGUUAUAUAUUUGGUAAAGUGAAAUAGUUAGCUACUUUCUACACAGGCAGAGAAAUCAACAGAAUGCGUGCAGAGAAGGAUUGGGUACGAUAUUUCCCUGAAAUUAUCCGUAUGUUGACGUAGCGAGAAACAAAGUUAAAAAUUAUUUGAAUCGGAUUCUUCCAGUUAUUCAAUAUACGAAAAAUUGAUCUCAAACGCAUUAAUAAUUCAUGAGUAAAUAAGCCAACCACAAUGCCUUAUUUUGCUCAAAUGAUAAUGCUGGAUACCUGAUGAAGUAUAUUGAUCCUGUCCAGCUGUCGUAGGACUGGAUCCAAAUUAAUUAAGUAGUGAUUUAUUCGCAUGAGAUGUCAUUUCAAAUCCCUCAAUUCGGACUGGAUUAGAUUUCAAGUCCUCGCAGUCCUUCGCCUCGUAUCUUUAUAUCUGAUAAAACACUGCUGCUCAUGUUUUAAAUAUAGUAAAUGAAAAAUCGCACACGAGUGUUUGGCGCGAAAUUAUAAUACGCACUCGUGGUAUUAUAAGACAUUUAAUCAAAAUACUUCGAAAACAAGUGUAAUUUCCUAUUAAUAUCAUUUUUUGUCAAUUUUACACGAGCAAUCAAUGAUAAGAAACAUUGUAUUGAUGUAUUAUUUGCAAUUAUUUACACACGGUAACAUCUCAAUCAUAGCCGUAAAAUAUCUAAAAGUUAUAAUAAUUUUUUUGAAAAAAUAAAAGAGGUUGAUUUUUAGAUGGUCGUGUAAAAAUUCAAGCGAGCACAGCCAUAUGUCAAUUUUGAGAGUAAUAUGUCAAUUUUGAGAGCAAUUUCUGGUAUUAAUUUUCAAUUCAUACUCUGCGAAUUCAUUUCAUAACUGUGAAUAAUCUUUAAAGAGCUACAGUAAUUGGAAAAUAAGAGCUCAGAAAAUAUAAAUUUUCACGUUGUUUAUUUAGAUCAUAUUCGUGCCGAUUAAUCUUUAAUCAGCAGAUUAAUGUUUAAUCGCCACGGUUUUUAACAAGUCAGAAUCGAGUAUAAAUUGACUAAAAUGAUAUUAGAUAUUAAAUAGCCACGGUGUCAAGACAAUUUUACCUGACGUUUGCCUGAGUUUAACAGUACGGCGUCCCCCCCCCCCCUCCUCACACAUACACCCCUUCUAUUUUUAAUCUGAUUUCAAAAGUUUUACGAAGUUUGGACACAAAUCCACAGCAGCUUAUAUAUUUUACCAUUAUUGUUCUUUUAGCAUCACAGUUGACCAGACAGGUGGAUGUUUUAGCCUUCCAGAAGUGAGUGCUUUCCUCCUAUUUCCACCAAAUGCUGUUGAGGAGACAGUAACUUUAAAGUGUAGUCGAGUGAAGCAUAAAGAAUGCGAAGUGAAGCCAAGGGAUGGAGAAAUAUUCGUAAGCCGGAUUCUUAAAGUUGAACCCGAAGGUGUGAUUUUCAAGAAACCUGUGACAGUUCUUUUAUCUCACUCGCUUGACGAGGAUCAAGUCUUUCUGUAUUUCUAUGAAUUAUUCGUUGAAAAUUUAAGCCCCACUGGUUGUCAGGAGUUAAAGACAGAACGAAUAAGCUCCAUUGAAGGUAUUGGCAAUUUAAACAACGUUAUUAGAAUAAACCAAUUCGCAAAACUUUCAAUUUAAAUUUUGCGUUAGCUAUACUGGGUCGUUUAAGAAGUUAUACCAUACAGAUAUGUCUCCUAUGCUCUUUUCUGCGUUUCGGCAAAUUCAGCCUCCUCCUUCGUCUUAAGUUUUCUUUCUCAGCUCUCUGAAAUUUUUUAAGAUUUCAGCAGUUACUUUCGUUUUUUUAGAUAUUCCAAAAGAAAUAUCUAAUAAAGAGAUUUUGGAAAACUGCUUGCCGUUUGCCAAAGCGACAAUACGUGAGACUUGUACCUUAGUUGCUGCAACACGAGCCAGGUUCAAUCAGAUUUUGAUACCAACAAACAGACGUUAUGCCUUCUCUAAGCAGUACGGAGACAAUGCAGAACUAAAGAUCACAUUUCCGGCUGGCGUAACUGAGAAGAUACUGAUUUUAAACGUUCAGGUAAUUUGUUUUCCUGCGGUUACAGUGGGUAACAUAUAUGAGUUAAUAUCUUGCAAAUUCAGUGUUGCCUCUUUGGUUUCAGUUUAGCUAUAUAGCGAUGACCGAUGGACAAUAUAUACACGAACUUAGAAAAAGCACGUCAAUCUUUCUACAUUUUUCAGGAAUGGUCGACCUUUCCUUUACGUACCUACACAUUUUAAUACAGAUUUUAAUACUGAUUCUCAUUGUCACAUCCACAUUUGACUGAGUGUAAAAAGUUAUAAGAUCGUGGGAGGUUAGGAUCGUGAAACUUGGACUGGUGCGUGCUGAUUGUGAAGUUUAACGCACACACAUAAGAGAACAAUGUAGCGAACAAGCUCUCACAUACUUCUGUGUAAAUUCUACACUUUUAGUUGUUUCCUGCUGAUGCUGUCCUAAACAAAGAUAUACGUUUAAAUAAAAGUCUUGUUUAUGCGCCUAUCAUCAGAGUUUCUGGCCAGACGACUCCAUUCCUGAAAGCAGUUGAUGUCGAGCUCACAUACUCUCACAGUGACGUGGUUAAUAUUGAAGAAAAUUUUUUACCAGUUGAAAAAUCGAUUCAGUUCACAACUGAGUAUGGGCUGUUGAUGCACAAUCACAACGAAACCGGGUUAAAAGCCAACUGGCAAGCGUUAAAUGAAAGUCACGAUGUUUUUAUUGAGCGAUUAAGAAAGGAUCAGCUGAAGUUCUCGUUUUCAGUAAAACAUUUUUCAGAGUAAGUGAUUAUGUAAGAUUAUUUUCUGAUAAGUUGUUAUGAUUCAAUCACGAAGGAAAGCAUAAAAGGAUAAACAGGAAAGAAUAUCAAUUUUCCAAAUGCGCCGCUUGUAACGACUUUUAUACAGAUUGCAUUUUGAUACUCUAAGGCAAACGAGGUCUUAUUUAUUUGAACCAUAUGUGGGGCUUAUUUGAGAUGCCGUAAUCAACUUUGAAUUGGGGAGGGGGAAGGACUAAAUAGAGAGGCAGGCUUAAUCAAGUUCAUUUUCCAACAAGAGAGGCGUGUGGGGGUGUUGUUGACUUUUAAUUAUUCAUUGAGGUUAGCAUGGUAAAACCAAUUAUGAAUGUAUCAUAAUGGAUCGUUUGCAUUAUAGACUAAAUUUUGAUCUAGUUAAAAGAGCAUCACAAAAUUAGUAAUAUUCCAAAGUUUCGUUGCGAAAUGUUGUAAAAUGCGGAUAAUAUAGCCUUGCGAAGUUUGCCCUUUUUCAGUCAUUUUGUAUUACGACGCACGGGAAAUCGACAGCCCAAUCGGGUGUUGGGGAAUCAAUUUCCCGUUUGUAAUACAAAAUGACUGAAAAUUGCAAAUUUCGCAAGGUUAUAUUAUCCGCAUUUUACAACAUUUCGCAACGAAACUUUGGAAUAUUAUUAAUUUUGUGAUGCUCUUUCAAGCUGUGGUGAAAUGUUUGUCUAGACUUAUUGAGACCAAAAUUUAGUCUAUAAUGCAAAUGGUCCAUUGGAGACAGGGAAAUAAAUACAUAGAAAGAGAGACUACGAUUUUUAUAUUAUUUAUUGGAAAACUAAACUGCAACGUUUUCUUGUCCACUUCUAGUGUCCAGCCGAUGGUGAAGACGAGUACAGCAGUUAGUUUUGUGCCACCAAUGAGCGCUAGUAUGAUGAAUAUGAACAAUCCAGCUUGUCAUCGUGCGAUCGUUUUGGCUGUGUACAAAUCUGGUGGCAGUCCGAAGACACUCUACGCUGUGUUGGCGCCAAAACACGCGGAAAGUCGUCUUAGUACUAAAUGGAAUGUAAUAGGUUUGCGUUUCACGAGUCGUCUCAAGUGCGAAGAACCAGUUUACUUCUGUGUUCCGAUGUCAGAUAUUACAGAAAGCGAGCAUUUGCUCCUUAAGGAUUAUACUUUACGGUAAGUUUGAAGUUUUUGGACAUAAACUGUUUGUUUUGUGGAAAACACAAUCUUUAAAGCAUAAUGGCCUGGAUCACAGCUUUAAGCGCACUCGGGCGCUUAAAAGGAAAUCGUGAAAAAUUGCGUCCUCCCCAAGCACACCCGCGCGAUCUGUAUAUAAUCACGAACGGCCCAUAUCUUAGUGCGAGCAGUUCAUAAUAAGUGAAAAAAUAUUUAGGGAUGCACCGGAUAUUAAAAAUACCUGGCCGGAUAAAUAAAGUUGAAGGUAGGUCAUCAAUUCUUGCAAUCCUUGCAACUGAGAGCUGAAUUGCAAAGGACAUGUAGCUAGUUCAAUCGUCACCGAGUCGAAGGUUUACUAGGGCGCGUCUGGUUGCCACCAUACCCAACCUAUGUCUGAUCACCGAACACAGGUGGAAGAGUUUGUUUUUCAGGAGGAAAAUCGUCGAAGCACGGGGAGAACUAACCACAAUUUUACUUAUACGAGUUUUCAAGCGCGGUUAAGUCAAGAACUGGUUUGUCACCCUUCAAAUACCUAUAGCUUACCCUCUACCUUUUCACUCGUAUAAUAGUCUUGCUUGUCAACUGCUUCUCGAUCAAUUUGUAGAUCUUAAUCUAGAUUAAGGCUUGUUUGUAGAUUAAUUUGUAGAUUAAGGCUGUUUGCCAUUUCAACCGUGUCGUACCACGUAUUGCAAUUCUUUGUUUCCUAAAUACCACGGUUGAACUGGUGCAGUAUCUCAUGGUACAGUCCUUUUGAGCAUAAAUAUCGUGGUGUUUUCACAAAACAUAACAAAGUUAUAAAGUGUCCAUAAGCUUCUUGAUACUUAUUUCCACCGGUAAACCGCUGAUAUUUGUUAAUGUUUUAUGUAGGUUUGAUCCAGAAGAUGAGUCAGAACUAGCCAACAACACAGAUGAUGGAGGGGCUUUUCAUGCGUUUCUUGAAGGAUAG